GCAAAAAUUUUUAUUAUUGGAACAGUCGUAAAACUUCCAUACUCAGCAUUAUAUUUGAAAAAUAAUAUAAAAAUCAUGGUAAAAGUUUUAGCCGUAGUGACAUUAUUGGCGAUAAGCCUUAGCUGUGUUUUGAGUUUGGAUGUUUGUGAACAUCAGAUUGAUGGCGCAAAAAUACUUUAUCCAACUGAUUGUUCUAAAUAUGUUGUAUGUCGAUAUGGUAAAACUUAUGCAGUAGAAAAAUGUGCCCGAGGAAAGCAUUUUAAUCGAUUGACUUCGCAAUGUGAUGAACCAAUUAUCGCUGCUUGCGAGGUUGCUUCGGUUAGAAGUUAUAGUGUUGAUAAAGUUGAUUGUGAGAGUUGUCGUACAGCAUGUGGAUGUUUGACAGAAUCUGACUGUCCUGCAACACCAGCUACUCCUGCACCAGGUCCUGCCACUCCCGCACCGGCUACACCAGCACCAGAGACUCCAGCCACGCCUGCUCCAGCUACUCCUACACCUGCAACACCAGCUACUCCAGCACCAGCAACACCAGCUACUCCAGCACCUGCAACACCAGCUACUCCAGCACCUGCAACACCAGCUACUCCAGCACCUGCAACACCAGCUACUCCAGCACCAGCAACACCAGCUACUCCAGCACCUGACACUCCCGCACCAGCCACGCCUUCCCCAGUUACUCCAGCACCACCUUCCAACUCAUCUUGUUCUAACAAUUUGACAGUCUGUGUAGGACAACCUGACAAUAGUGCUGUUUAUGUGAAUCAAACUUGCAGUCAAUAUGCAGUAUGCAUUUCACAAUGUGCAAUUGUCUUAACAUGUCCAAACAAUCUGUUAUACGAUAUUGCAACAAACUCCUGCAACUAUCCACAAAAUGUAAAUUGUCCUUAUCCUCAUCCUGCACCAAGUGGUCCUUCGGCUGGACCAUCCGGUACCAAAUGUGAACAGCAUGGUAAAUGUGAAAAUCAACCGGAUGGUACACAAUUUGCUGAUGAUGCUUCAAAUGGUUAUAUUGUUUGUCAAUGUGAAUGUGAAAUACUAAGGCCUUGUCCAGCUAAUUUGGUCUAUAAUGGAGAACUACAAGUUUGCGAUUAUCCAUCGACAAAUUAAAACAAAAUAUUGUUAUAAACUUUCUACAAACGCAUACAAUAUUUCGUGAGCAUAUAACUUAAUAAAGUGUAGUUUUCAGGAAACCAAAAAACUAUAA